GCCGUUGCCUUUUCCUGUUCAGGGGACGAGAACCCUUUCUGCAGCAAAUUGAGAAGUUUGGGGGAGGGGUGUCCUCCUUCCCGCCGAGCUCUCUGAGAUUAAGGGCUCGGCCUGCUCAGGUAGAGCACGUUCCGGGUCUUGCAAACUCAUCUCCCGGGAGGGGGCGGAGGGAAAGGGGGGACGCGGCUGUUAAGGCUGAGCUUGCGACGGAGUCGGCUGUUACCCGGCGAAGUUCUUCAGGGAAACGCCUCGGAACAGUGGCUUCUUGCGGGAGCGGUGAGGCCAAAGCCGGGGCCCGCGGAGACCGGUCCGGAGAGGCGGCGCGCGUUUCUACAGGGCUCGGGACUGACUUCUUCAGUGCUUAGAGUCUGAGAAAAAUGGCAAAUAUGGAUAGUGAUUCUAGCCAUCUUCUCAUCCCUGAGGUAGAUAAUGAAAUAAAUCCUGGACCUAUGAAUAUCCAGUUUGAUUCAUCAGAUAUAAGAUCCAAAAGGCCUUUCUAUAUAGAGCCCACAAACAUCGUCAAUGUGAAUGAUGUCAUUCAGAGGGUUAGUGACCAUGCCUCUGCAAUGAACAAGAGGAUUCAUUACUACAGCCGGCUCACUGCUCCUGCAGACAAGGCACUGGUUGCCCCAGAUCAUGUAGUUCCAGCUCCAGAAGAGUGCUAUGUGUAUAGUCCAUUGGGUUCUGCUUAUAAACUUCAAAGUUACACUGAAGGAUACGGUAAAAACACCAGUUUAGUAACCAUUUUUAUGAUUUGGAAUACCAUGAUGGGAACAUCUAUACUGAGUAUUCCUUGGGGCAUAAAACAGGCUGGGUUUACUACUGGAAUGUGUGUCAUCAUGCUGAUGGGCCUUUUAACACUUUAUUGCUGCUACAGAUUGGUGAAAUCACGAGCUAUCAUAUCAUCAGUGGAUACCACUACCUGGGAAUAUCCAGAUGUCUGCAGAUAUUAUUUUGGCUCCUUUGGGCAGUGGUCAAGUCUCCUUUGCUCCUUGGUGUCUCUCAUUGGAGCAAUGAUAGUGUAUUGGGUGCUUAUGUCUAAUUUUCUUUUUAAUACUGGAAAGUUUAUUUUUAACUUUAUUCAUCACAUUAAUGACACAGAUGCUCUACUGAGCACCAACGAUAGCAACCCUGUGAUUUGUCCAAGUGCCAUGAGUGGUAACCAUCCUGACAAUGGCUCUAUGAUUUUCUACACCAAUGUCUCGGGACUCCAGCAGUUUGAAAAGUGGUGGAAUAAGUCCAAGACAGUGCCCUUUUACCUCGUGGGGCUCCUCCUGCCACUGCUUAAUUUCAAAUCUCCUUCAUUUUUUUCAAAAUUUAAUAUCCUAGGCACAGUGUCCGUUCUCUACUUGAUUUUUCUUGUCACCUUGAAGGCUAUUCGCUUGGGAUUUCAUUUGGAGUUUCAUUGGUUUACACCAACAGAAUUUUUUGUCCCAGAGAUAAGAUUUCAGUUUCCACAGCUGACUGGGGUGCUUACCCUUGCUUUCUUUAUUCAUAAUUGUAUUAUCACCCUCUUGAAGAACAACAAGAACCAAGAAAACAAUGUGAGGGACUUGUCCAUUGCUUAUAUGCUGGUGACAUUAACUUAUUUCUAUAUUGGAGUCCUGGUUUUUGUUUCAUUUCCUUCACCACCAUUAUCCAAAGAUUGUAUAGAGCAGAAUUUUUUAGACAACUUCCCUAGCAGUGACAUCCUGUCCUUCAUUGCAAGGAUAUUCCUGCUGUUCCAGAUGAUGACUGUAUAUCCACUCCUAGGCUACUUGGCUCGUGUCCAGCUGUUGGGCCAUAUCUUCGGUGACGUUUAUCCUAGCACUUUCCACGUGUUGAUUCUUAAUCUAAUUAUUGUGGGAGCUGGCGUGCUCAUGGCCUGUUUCUACCCAAACAUAGGAGGAAUCAUAAGAUAUUCAGGAGCAGCAUGUGGCCUGGCCUUUGUAUUCAUAUAUCCAUCUCUCAUCUAUAUAAUUUCCCUCUACCAAGAAGAGCGUCUAACAUGGCCUAAGUUAAUCUUUCACAUUUUCAUCAUUAUUUUGGGCCUGGCUAACCUAAUUGUUCAGUUUUUUAUGUGAAAUAGUCACCUGUGUUCUCCAGAUCUUUCAUGGUGUUUUGAACUCUGACAACAGUUCCACAUAAACUCACUUGUAAAUGCUGUUGUUGCUGUAAUUAUUAAUGUUUUCCUAAGGUAAUUUGAAACCAAGGGAAAUAGUGGUCCAUUAAUAAGUAAUUCUUGUUAGAAUGGGGAAAAGGGCAGUAAGAGUGGUCUUAAUCUCUUUCCCUUUUUCAUAUUCACUCAUCUCUUCAUUUUCACUGUCUUUUCUGAGUAGAAAUAUAUGCCCCUAGGAAAAAUCAUGCUGGGUUUUGCUUUUAGAGAUGUAGGGUGGGUGGGUUUAUUCUGGCUACAAUAAUGAUUCUCAGAGUGUCAGAGCAACUAUAUUGCCAGAUCCCAUUUCUGUUUUAUGUUUCAGUUAUUCACUUUUAUUUUAUUACUUGCUAUAUCAUUUCUGCAGUUUGCCCAAACCUUUACUGUUUUAGACAGUAAACCAAAUACCUCAUUUUAAAAAAGAAGUGUCCAUGACAUCAGUGUUGGUAGAGUGAAUUCUUACGUGAGCCCUUAAUCUCUGUUUUAAAAAAGAAAGAAGGGAAAAAAAAAAAAAAAGCAAUGUCAGAACAGGCCCCAUGGUCAUGAAACUCAUGUAAAAUAAAGGAACUAGGAGAGAA